AUGAAGAAAUCACCUUUAGUUGUGAAAAGGUGGAUUUGGAUCAUCAUCUUCGCCAUUCUUGGCGCAUUUGCCUUCUUCAAACUUAUCAAUAAAUCCAAGAUGAACGAUUUGCAAACGAUAUUACAGAAUUUACCCAAGGAGAUCAACAAUGCUAUAUUAUUGGACCGUUCGCAGGAGGGCAGUGAAUCAGAUAUGUUAAAAAAGCUGGAAAAGAUGAUUGAGGAACUAAACGAGAAGAAUCAAGAACGUCAGAGAUUAAUGGAUAGAGAGAGGAGAGUUCUUGAGAGGAAGAUUGAUUCUUUGAAACCCAUUCCAAAGGAUUCCACAUUACGUGAAGUGUUAUCAUUGAAAUUCCCAUAUAGUCCCAGAAGUAAGUUUCCAGCAUUUAUUUGGCAAGUUGACGCAGCUGAUGAUAUUGUUUCAAGAAGACGUAAAGGAAAGGUUGGAAGGGAAGAAGAUGUUGCACUUACUAAGUCAUGGAAGGAUAUAAAUCCUGGAUUUGUUAACGAGCUUGUGAAUGAGGAAUUUAUGGAUUUAUUAGUAAGAUUUCAUUAUCAAGCCGUACCAGAGGUCAUGGAAGCUUAUCAGUCAUUGCCGGCCACGAUAUUAAAAGUUGAUUUCUUUAAGUAUUUGAUUUUAUUAGCAAGAGGAGGGAUAUAUUGUGACAUAGAUACUACUCCCAUCCAGGCAAUCCCAAAUUGGGUUCCUGAAGAUAUGGAUCCACGAGAUAUUGGUCUUGUCAUUGGAAUUGAAUUUGACAAGAGUCUUCAUGACAAUAAUAAUAAGGUUGAAGAGGAGAUGACUAAGUGGGAAAAUAACUAUAUGAGAAGGUUACAGUUUGGAACGUGGGUGAUACAGACUAAGAUGGGACACCCUAUAUUAAGAGAUAUAGUUGUUCAAAUUACGGAAAUGACAUUAAAGAGAAAGAAGGAAAAUAAAUUGAAGAUCAAUUUGGAUGAUGACUUGAACGUUAUGGGUUGGACAGGUUCUGGAAUUUGGACCGAUACUAUAUUUGCAUAUCUGAACGAUCCGUUAAAGAGCGGUGUCCCCAAUAAGGUUAGUUGGAAAAACUUCCGUUAUUUAAAGGAACCUAAGAAAGUUGGUGAUGUCCUAGUAUUCCCAGAGAUUUCAUUCAAUGCGCCAGAGACCAUCUUAAAGAAGCCCUUGCAAAAGGAAAACCUUGGAUACCUAGUCACACAUAAAGCUGAGAAAUUUUGGAAAUCAGGGAAGUGA